AUGAACUGUUGGAUGGAUAUACCCAAAAUUCCUAAUUUAAAAAACAUUGUCGAACAAAGAAUUCCUGUGCGGUUAGAGAAAACAGAGAUAAAACUUCCCCGAAAUAGAGAAGGAAAAAAAGAAAUAAUUAUUGAAAUUGAAGUUAGGGAAGUUUUGGCAGAGGAUAAAUAUCACGAAAGAAUCGAAAGUGAUUUAGAAGAUAAAAGAGGUAAUAUACAUUAUCCUUAUAUUUCUUAUACUCCUGAUCACAAAACAAAAAGGAAUUUUUUUGCUUCAGAACAGCCUGGGAACUACGCGGCAACAGGCAAAUUAAUUCUUCCCAAUCUUUAUGAAAAGUUAAAAAAAGAAGGGAAGAUGGAUUUACCGAAAAAAAACUCUUUAAGUAAAUUAGUUGAAAAAAUAGGAUUGGAGAAACUUAACUCUGAAUACGGAGAAAAAUAUUUUUUUUUGAUUGUAGAGGAUAAAAGGAAGAAAAAAAAUUAUACAAUUUGGGACACUUCUAUGUAUGUCGGUUUUGAAAUUAAUGAUAAUGACAAGUCGAAAAGAGUAAAAAAUAUCGAGUUGAUUCAAAAAAAGAGAAGUAUAGAAAACCAUCAACAAUUUGUUAGACCUAAAGAUAUCUUUACUAUUAUUGAUUCAGAAUCCUUAGAAAAUUCACUAAAAGAAUUGGUUAGCCUCCCUUUAUUUUAUACAGGAACGGAGGGAGAUAAUGUUUCUUCUAUAAGCAUAGCGAGCCUUAUCAAGGAUAAUAAGGAAAAUCUAGAAAUCAAAUUUCCGAAUGAUACAGUAGUCAAAACUAUAAUAGUGAGGGAAAAUGAUGAAUUAAGUCUCAAAAAUAAUCAAUUUACUUUAAUUGAUAAAAGAGAAAAAGCUAAAUUACAAUUUUCCCUUGAUGAUAUUAACUGUAUAAUUCUCGAAAACAGCCAUUCUCGCAUAACUAGUCAUUUGCUAAGCAAACUAGCCGAAAAUAAUAUCUCUUUAAUAGUUACUAACGAAAAAUGCGACCCAACGGCCCAAUUGAAAAAGGUAGAAAAUGGCGACCGAACUAACCGAGAGGGAGCGGUAGCGAAAUAUUUUUUUCAGAAGUUAUACGGUAAGGGUUUCAUUCGCUUUGCUGAUGAUAAUAUUAAUAGAGCAUUAAAUUAUGGCUACAAAAUUUUAACUAGUGCUAUUUCUAGAACUCUCAUUAGUUAUGAAAGAGAAAAUAAUUUAUCUUCACAAAUUAGGAACGAAAUAGCAAAAAUUAUCUAUUAUCCGGUUAAAAUAAAUAACCUAAAAACAAAGGUUUAUAUAGCAAUUGAUAUUAUGGUUAAAUCUUUUAUUUCUUGCCUAAAAGAAAAUAGAGUCGGCAAAAUCAAAUUACCUAUUCUUCUUUGUCAAAGUUUAGAAAAUGAAGAAAUCGAAUAG